AUGUCUGACGCUCUUCCUGAAAUGCAGUACCGGUUCCUCGGCAGGACCGGACUGAAAGUCUCGGUUAUCUCGCUGGGUAGCUGGCUCACAUAUGGCGGACACGUCGGGAAUGAAACCGCCCUUGAAUGCAUAAAGGUUGCCUACGAUGCCGGCGUCAACUUCUUCGAUACGGCCGAAGUAUACUCAGGCGGACAAUCGGAGAUUGUGCUCGGAGAGGCAAUCAAGAAGUUCGGCUGGAAGCAAAACGACCUUGUCAUUUCCACCAAGAUAUACUGGGGCAAAGCCAACAGCGCCAACCCCGACAAACCACUCAACAACAACGGACUCUCCCGCAAGCACAUCAUCGAGGGCAUGAACCUCUCCUUGCAACGGCUAGCGCUGCCAUAUGUAGAUGUGGUGUACGCACACCGCCCGGACCGCGACACGCCCAUGGAAGAGAUCGUCCGCGGCUUCAACUACCUCAUCGACAACGGCAAGGCCUUCUACUGGGGCACGUCGGAAUGGUCUGCCAGUGAGAUUGCGGAUGCCUGGCGUAUCGCUGACAGACUCGGUCUUAUCGGUCCUGUCGUCGAGCAGCCGCAAUAUAAUCUCCUCGUGCGCGAGCGUGUGGAGAAGGAAUACCGCUGGCUGUACGAGGCGCACGGGCUCGGUUUGACGGUGUUCUCGCCGUUGAAGGGCGGUGUCUUGACAGGCAAGUAUAAUGAUACUGCUGCUCCCCCGGCUGGGUCGCGGCUGGCGGAAUCGGAGGAUGGAUAUGUGAAGAGUCUGCGUAAGACGGUUGGUGAUGAUACCUGGCAGCGUCAGCUGGAUCAGGUUGCGGCGUUGAAGCCUGUCGCUGAGGAACUUGGUGUUUCGACGGCACAGUUGGCGCUUGCGUGGAUUUUGAAGAAUCCAAAUAUCUCGUCUAUGAUUACGGGUGCGUCGAGGCCGCAGCAGGUCCUGGAUAAUAUUCGGGCUUUGGAGGUGGCGGAGAAGUUGACGGAUGAAAUUAUUGAGAAGAUUGAGGUCGCUGUUGGGAAUAAGCCCGCCGUGGAGACCAGGCGGUUUUAG